CACGAUUAAAGAUAUUGUCUUAAAUCGUGGUUUUUAUUUAAAAAAUUAGUGUUUAGUACUAAUAUUAAUUUAAAAUAUUAAUUAUCAAAACACAAAUUAAUAAUAAUAAUAACUAAUUAGUAGAUAAACAGAAUGAGCCUAACUAUACCGAAUUGUCUAAAUACUCUGAAUUACCGUAUCUAAAAUCUAUUUAAAAUUUAAAAUUGGAACUCGACAUUUUUAUCAAGUCUGAGUAUUGAAGAAAUGCACCCAAAAGGAGAGUCCAGUCAAACGAAGGAUGACAUUGAUUUACUAGAUGAGUUACUAAACAAAACUAACUGCGCUCACCUACAUUAUAAAGUCCAAGACUGCAUAGCCACAACAAAGGAUUGGAGAAAGUGUCAAGCUGAAGUGAAAGAGUUUAAACUGUGUAUUGAAAAAAAUCAAAAACUUGCAAACAAAAACAAUGUUUGAUAUUUCCAAUCAUGAAUUUAUUACUCCAUUUGUUGUUGGUCUUUUGAUUGGCACAGGAGUUUCAUAUGGAUAUCGCAACAUUCGACCACUACUUUCUGGACCAUUAAAUGCACUUUCUGUACACAAUAAACUUGUAUUAGUUGUCAGAAAUGAUUUGGGAAUGACUAAAGGUAAAAUAGCAGCACAGUGUUCCCAUGCUUCUGUUGAAUGUUAUAAAGCGGCAAUGCAACAUAAACCUCAAAUGGCAAAAAUAUGGCAAAUGACUGGACAAAGGAAGAUUGUAGUUAGUAUUAACAAUGGUGAAAAAGGUCUUAAUGAAUUAUCAAAGGUUGCAAAAUCCCACAAAGUACUUUCUUGCAUUGUUUAUGACGCUGGAGCAACUCAAGUCAAAGCGGGAACACCUACUGUAAUAGGUAUUGGUCCAGCUAACUCUGAUGUUAUUGACCAGAUCACUGGGCACUUAAAACUUAUUUGAGUUGUAGAAUUUCAAUAAUAUAGUAUUUUAUUUUUAAAAGUA